AUGUUCUAUACUUCAAUAAACAAUCGAAUUGCACUUGUGACAUGUAUACUUGCGUGUUUCUGUUGCGUGCAAUCAUUGAAAUACCAAUACGAAUCAUCCUUCACUCCAAAUCAUAUACAAUAUUUGAAAAAUGAGACGAGACUUCUAUUCAAACAUGCAUGGUCGUCAUACAUGCAAUAUGGAUUUCCAGCAGAUGAGGUAUUACCGGAUACGUGUGAGCCUUAUGGCCCAGAUUACAAUAAUGUCGAUAACGUGGUAAGAAAUGAUGCUUUGGGCAAUACUUCUCUGACGAUUCUAGACAAUUUGGAUACUUUAAUGAUAAUGGAAGAAUGGGAAGAGUUAGAGAGGGCUUUAGAAUACCUUAAAUCAGAAGAGAAGACCUUAUUUAAUAAAGAUACAAUAGUGCAAGUUUUUGAAACUACCAUUCGGUCGUUAGGUGGGCUUUUAUCGACACAUCUACUUUUGACAGAUGUUACUAAAGGCAAUAAAAUAUUGCCAUCAAGAUACCAAAAAUUCAAGGAAAUAUCUGAUAACUAUGAUGGGUUUUUAUUAAAUAUGGCAUAUGAUUUGGGACUUAAGUUACUUCCAGCCUUCAAGACAUCCACAGAAAUACCCGUUCCUCGGAUUAAUUUGGCAAAAGGGGUCUUAAAAGUACCAUCAAAUCUUCAAAAAGAAACUUGUACAUCUGGUGCUGCGUCGCCGGUUCUUGAAUUUACUCUUCUUUCAAAGCUCUCAGGAGACCCGCAAUUUGAAUACUAUUCACAAUUGACGUUUUGGAAACUUUGGUCUUCCAGACUGGCGCUUGAUUUAAUGCCAAUGUCAAUAGAUCCAAUUGCAAAUAAAUGGAAGGAUCAAAUUACAGGAAUAGGAGCUUCCGUUGAUUCAUUUUAUGAGUAUGCGGCUAAGGCAUCUAUACUAUUUAAUGAUGAUUAUAUGUGGCAUGUAUUUAAAACCUCGUAUAAAGCAUUACUAGCCCACCUGGUCCAAGGAGGUGGAGAUAAUGAAGGAGUGAUGAUAUUUGGAAAUGUAGGGGUUAAUGAUGGCUCAUUGGCUUCUAUAUGGAUAGAUCUGCUCGGUGCAUUUUGGUCGGGUCUACAAGUCUUGACUGGGCAAUUGCAAGAUGCAAUUAAAACGCACUUGAUGUACUUAAAAUUAUGGGAUCAUUUUGACCUGAUUCCUGAAAGAUGGAACUUUUUACUAAAUAAAUCUCAAUUAGAGAACGAUGAUUCUGAAGCGAUAAUGCUUGAAUGGUAUCCACUAAGGCCCGAGUUUAUCGAGUCUACAUAUUACUUAUAUAGAGCGACUCGAGACCCAAUGUACCUACAGAUCGGAGCUAGAGUACUUGAAUUAUUACAAACUAAGUACAAGACAAUUUGCGGAUUCCAUGGAUUACAGGACAUAAGAACAGGAAAUUUUCAGAAUAGAAUGGAGACCUUCGUUAUGAGUGAAACAUUGAAGUAUUUAAUGUUAUUAUUUGAUGCUGAUAAUGAGAUAUUUCUUCAUACAAGCAUGAUGAGCAAUAAGAACUGGAUUUUUUCAACCGAAGCGCAUCCUAUGUGGUUUGAUAAACGAUUAGAUCCAUACAACUUCACACAUUCCAGAUCUGCCGAUAAACAAAACAUGGGUACGUUGAAAAACCUGCUUUUUGCUAAGAUGAAGUCAAAGUUUAGUAGAAGCAAGCGGAAAUUGACCACUGCUGAUGAAAAGACAUUCUACCGAAACAUUACUACACCACGAGUGAUCACAUACGAGAUGCCCGGAAUAAUAGAAAAUGGGGAUAUACACAAGAUCGAUCCAUUGGAAAGUAAGUUUGACAAAUGUGAAGUAAACGUAUUUAAUAAUAAGCCAUCGAUGUUAACAGUAUCCGGGUAUUACCAAUUGAGCUCUUUCUUCUAUCCAGAUCAUGCAUUCAAAUACUCCCUAAUAAAGCCACGUUAUCUUCUGAAAUCGGCUCUUGAUGGAAGCUGUGUAGAAUUGACGCCGUCUUUCCUCAGAAUUUUUGCAAUGUCAGGACCUGAUAAUACUACCAAAUACCAUCACCAGUGUCCUAGAACAUCGACCACUACAUACCUUGAACUAGUUUUAGGAAAUAUCGAAAAAGCCCAAAGUGUCGAGAUUUCAAGAUUAAAGUAUAAGAGAAAGCAACCAACUGAGUAUAUUUCUCUUCAAGAAGAUGAUUUAUGGGUUCCUGACUUUUCCUCGAUUAGACUAAAGAUUGAGAAAUUAUCGUCUGGCUUGAUCGAUUCCGAAAAUAUGUUAAUCACUGACUCAUUCAUACAAUCCAUUAGAGUUGACGAUUAUAAUGCCGAGAUAGGAAUGUCUGCCGCGAAUCAAUCUGUUUCUACUACAAAGGAUAUCCUGUUGGUACUCAGAAUCAAGAAAAUCAACGGUAUAUCUGUUAAGCCCGGCCAGGUUGUAUGGACAUUACCAUUUGAAAUUAAUACAUCAAUCAUAGGUGACUCAUCAAUUGGGGUUGCAAGUGACAAUAGAGUAGUAUUACAAGGCAAUGUAGUUGAAAACUUGAAGGUAUGGUAUGGUUAA